UUUGUACAUAAACCGGCUUGGUUUUUUGUACGGACUACUCGUGUUUCGGACCUGUGUGAAGUGCGCUGUGAAAUAAUUUUUUAAUACGAAAUCAAACAAAUAACAAAUAAAUAUUAAAAUGGCUUGUCCAAUGAGGUCCGCAGCAGACGACCCGGCGCAGGCGGGCAACUGCCUGGGCAACGAGGCCGGGAUGCUGUACGGCGAGUAUCUCAUGCUGGACAAGCUGCUGGCCGCGCAGAGGAUGCUCAGCGCCGAGUCCGACAAGCCCGUGCAUGAUGAGCACCUCUUCAUUGUCACACAUCAAGCAUACGAGCUGUGGUUCAAGCAGAUAAUAUUCGAAGUGGACUCCGUGCGGUCGCUACUGGACGUGGAGGGGCUGGACGAGAGCCACACCAUGGAGAUACUCAAGAGGCUCAACAGAAUCGUACUCAUAUUGAAGCUGCUAGUGGACCAGGUGAUGAUCCUGGAGACGAUGACGCCGCUGGACUUCAUGGACUUCCGCCACUACCUGCGGCCCGCUUCCGGCUUCCAGAGCCUGCAGUUCCGACUGCUGGAGAAUAAGCUGGGCCUCAAACAACAAUUAAGGGUGAAAUACAACCAAAGCUACCAGACAGUUUUCGGAGAUGAUCCAGAGGCUAUGGAUGCCUUAAGCAAAUCAGAAGAAGAGCCGGCACUGCUGGCCCUGAUAGAGCGGUGGUUGGAGCGCACGCCCGGCCUCAACACGUACGGGUUCAACUUCUGGGGCAAGUUCGAGGCCGCCGUCAACAAGAUGCUCACUGAGGACAGCGAGGAGGCCAUGCGCGAGACGAACGAGGUGGUGCGUCGCCACAGGUUGCAGGACGUGGAGAAUCGUCGCGAGAUCUACCGCUCCAUCUUCGACCCCGCCGUGCAUGACGCGCUGCGCUCCCGCGGUGAGAGACGGCUAUCUCACAAGGCGCUGCAGGGCGCGAUCAUGAUCACGUUCUACCGCGACGAGCCGCGCUUCUCACAGCCGCACCAGCUGCUCACGCUGCUCAUGGACAUGGACAGCCUCAUCACCAAGUGGCGAUACAACCACGUGAUAAUGGUACAGCGCAUGAUCGGGUCGCAGCAGCUCGGCACGGGCGGCUCCUCCGGCUACCAGUACCUGCGCUCCACGCUCAGUGACCGUUACAAGGUGUUCCUGGAUCUAUUUAACCUGUCAACGUUCCUUCUCCCCCGAUCGUUAAUACCCCCCCUGGACGAAGGGAUGAAAAAGGACCUUAAUAUCAUGUGGGGUGAUGUGAGCGAGAACGGGGAGAGAACAGAACAGAACGGAGUAGAAGACGCGCUCAACAAACUAUCGCUGAAAUCGUGACCUUUAUAAAAAUCUAUUUUAUACUAUCAAGUUAAGAGAUUUUGCUUUAUGAAAUAAAAUACAUAAAUA